AUAGAUAUAAUUGAAGGUUUAGGGCCUACUGAUAAUGCUACUUCACGACAAGAGGACUUCGUAGGUCGGGAAGAUGAAGCUUGUGGGCCCAAAACAUUCCUUUCUACCUCGAUGGAUAAAAAAUCCAGUUGGACAGAGGUACCGUCUCACGAAGGCCUUAACGAUGAGGAAGUGAAAUCGGGACUUGGUAGAGAUGUCUGUGGAAAGCCUGCUGACAAGCAAUCUGGAAAAAAUGUGGCUGAAACUGACUUUGCAUUUAAAGGCAUCAGAACAAAGGAAUCAGAACAAAUCAUGGCAGCUCUUCGGUCCAGAAGGGUGGAACAACUACGCCAUUUCGAGUCAGCAACAGAGCUGGAACUUUUUCCAGCGUAUAGCCAAGCUUCUUCCAGCUUUUGUGGGAAUAACAAACCAAAAUAUUCAUCUGGCCGAGAGCAUUUGCUGAGCAAAUUCGAUACUCGCUCGUUCUGUGAAGUGACUCAGGAACAACGUUAG